UGUAGCCCUACUGCACAAAGAAGCGAGACUAGUGUUGCAACAAAUUCGUCUAGUCUCCAAGUGCAAGCGUAAGUGAAGUGCAGAGCGCUCUUUGAACUUUGGGAGGCCUUCAACAAGAAGGAGAAGUCACUGAGGCAGCUGCUCAAAGGAUAUGCCAAUACAAACAGACCAAUGAUGCACUGA